AUGGGUCUCUUCUCUUCCUCAUCCGAGCCUCCUCCGGCACCCGUCACCUCAUCACCGCCGCCGCGAUCCCAGCAGCAGCAGCAGGAUGAGCAAGAUAACUCCAAACCCAAGGACUGGAUCUCGGUCAUGCCUGGCAAGGCACCUUCGAAGUUCUCUGACCCAUGUGCACACGCGGCCAAGGCGAGCAUGAAGUGUAUGGAGAACAACUCGUACGAUCGAGGAAAAUGUACAGAGGCUUUUGAGGAGUACCGCGAGUGCAAGAAGAGAUGGGUAUUGCAAAGGCGGCACGAUCGAGCUGCUGGUAGGCAAGGCGCAUGGGAUUAAUGGGCCCACCGCCCAACUUGCAAACGCAAAAGCUCCUUGGGAUCUACUUACC